GAAGACUUUCCCAUGAAACGUCUGGAUUUAGCAGCCGACGUUGCGUAUUGUCUAUUGAUAAAAUUAUGAUAUGAAACAAAACUUUGAACCCUGAGGCUAACUCAUUGUAUUGUUGACACGUGUAGUUAAUGAAGUAAUAUAUAGUGAUUAAUAUUGUAUAAGUUAAUUGAUCUUUUAACUUAUCAAAUACAAGAGUCAUGCGAAGAGAACUAAUGUGGUCCGCUACAGUGUUUUUAGCAUUGUUUGUGUUGGUAUCUGGUGGGGUUACCAAGGCAUCGAAAGAAGAUGUUAAGCAUGGAGCCGGCUCACCUAAACAUGGGAAACAGGAGCAUGAUGUUGAUGGACAUCACAACGUCCACUUUGAUCAUGAAGCCAUCCUAGGCUCCUACAAGUUAGAGAAGGAAUUUGAUGAUCUACCACCAGAGGAGGCCAAGCAGAAACUAAGUUUACUGGUGAAAAAGAUGGACAAGAACCAUGAUAUGUUUGUUAGUAAAGAGGAACUUACAGACUGGAUAGUCAUGUCAUUCAAGUUGUUAGAUGAAGAAGAGGCCCUGGAAGAGUUCGACGAUAAAGAUGAGGACCAUGAUGGGAAGAUAUCCUGGACUGAAUACCUAAGCACACAUUUCAGCUAUACAGAGGAUGAGAUCAAGGAAAUGAGGAAGACAGAUAGGGAAGAUGUUUUACAAUUCUUAGUGGGAGUAGAUGAAGAACAGAGAAAGUUUGAGGCUGCUGAUGUGAACAAGGACGGUUACCUGGAGAAAGACGAGUUUGUUGCUUUCUAUCAUCCUUACAAUUAUGAACAUAUGCACAAUAUAGAGUUACAGAGAGUGAUGAAUGAUCAUGAUAAAAACACAGAUGGAUUCUUGUCUCUGGAAGAAUUUCUUGGAGAUAGCAGUCAUGAUAAAGAAUGGGAGAUAGUUGAGAAGGAGAGAUUCAUCGAAUACGAUACAAACAAAGACAAUCUGCUCAAUUUUGAUGAGAUCCGACCUUGGGUUCUAACGGACAAUCGAGAGGAGGCUGAAGAUGAGGCAGAUCAUCUAAUGAAACAAGCAGACACUAAUGGUGAUGGAAGACUUACUGAGGAUGAAAUUGUUGAUGCUCAUGAAGAAUUUGUUGGUAGCCAAGCAACAGAUUAUGGCAGACAUUUACAUUUUGUAAAGCAUAAAGAUGAAUUGUAAAAUAGAUGUUUUUAAAACUAGCAAUAAUCUAUGAUUUACUCAUAUUUAUUAUAAAUGUUGUAUGAAAGGGAGGCUACUCGAUGUAUUAUUCAACUAAUUUGUUGUCUGUUUUUCUUAUAAAUGAUUGUUAACAAGAAAGGUUAAUGUAUUUUUGCAUUAAAUGCAAUUUAAAGAAUAAUUGUACUUUUCCUAUACAUAUUAUAUUUAGAAAAUUUCAAUUUAUAUCGUAAUUGGUAAUGGUCAUAAUUCAUGAUAGCAACACAGCCGGCUAAGCACAAUGUUCCCAGAGAAAGAAUUAAACCAGAGCUUACCUGUUUUCAUGCAACUGUUUGUGCAUUUAAGGGUAAAUGUGUAUGAAAUGCAUGUAUGUAAAGCAUAAAGAUGAAUUAUAAAAU